UCAUAAGAAUUUGCGUAUGCGGAUUUCGUCUCCAUAAUCCGUAGAGUGCUUUAUUGUAAAAAUAUCUGUAGAAAGCACAUCAGAAUACUAAAUAUUACAGAUUCAACAAUAUAAAUACACUGCCGUGUAGACGAUUUAUCGCAGUUCGUCUUCGUACAUCCAGUAGAUUGUUCAGGUAGUUUGCCGAGAGAUUUUGCUAAAAACAUGAUGAAGGAAUUUCUUAUAUUUACUUCUUUCAUUGUUUUAUCUUCAGCAUGUUUAAUUACGAAUUGCCCCCCUGGCGGAAAGAGGGGAGAAAUUGCACCUUUAGAAGGUUUUACUAGAGCAUGCCCUUCCUGUGGACCUAAUCGACUGGGUCAGUGUUUUGGACCUCACAUUUGUUGUGGGCCUACUAUCGGUUGUUUUAUCGGCACAUCAGAAACUUACAGAUGUAGAAAAGAAAGUCUUUAUACCCAUCCUUGUAUUGCGGGUUACGCGAUGUGCCGUGAAAAUACAGGAAGAUGUGCUGCAAGUGGAAUUUGUUGUUCGCAAGAAUCGUGUUUCAUGGACUCGAACUGUCAACUUCGAGACAAUACGGAGAAUGAUCGAAAAAUUGAUUCUGAUUUAAACGCGAUUUUUGGUGAACUUGAAAUCUCCGAUGCAGUAGUACAGUAACGAUUAUAUUUGCUUUGGUAUUGAGAGUAAUGUAAUAAGACAAAGUAACCUAAUAAAGAUGUAACAUCAUAUAUGAAAAAUUUA